AUGAACCCCUCCACAGACACCAAGAAUCAAGUCGUCUCUGUCUUUCAGGACCACCCUAGAUUUAUUUGUGCAACCUGUUCAGCUGUCCUGGCCCUCCAGGACGAACUUAUCAGCAAGUCUUUCUCGGGUAGGGACGGUCGAGGAUACUUGAUGCACUCCGCCGUCAACGUGAAGCUCGGAGAGAAAGAGGAUCGUACGGGCGUUCACACAGUCGCAGAUGUAUUCUGCGUCGGCUGCAACGAUCGCAUAGGAUGGUAUUACCACAAAGCUGCAGAUCAGUCUCAGAAAUACAAAGAAGGCAAAUAUCUCCUCGAACGAGAGAAGAUGGUAAAAGAAAACAACUGGAAACUCGACAAUUGA